GAGGCGGUUGAGUCAAGUCAGUUGAACAUCGCCUGCACUCGUGUUUGGUACUUUCUCCCAAUUAUGGCUCAAGAAGACCCGGCUAAGGACCUUAAGGACACUUUGCAAGAAAUGUGUUACCAAUUGCAAGAGGAUUUGGUGCCGCACGAAGUUACUGAAGACUUCAUCCUGGAAGCGUUCCUGCGCGACUUUGUGUCUGCAGUUAAGAAAGUUGACAUCAAUAGCAGGAAAAUCGGCCUUGCUUUUGCGGAGCUACCAUUCCCAAGCCCUUCAUCAGUAUUUUACCUGAUGACCUGUAUGAAGGAUGCCUGCGUGAAAGUUCUGGUAGUUUUUGCCAAGCUGCCACGAUGCAAAGGUCGGACGCUGAGAAAGGAGGUGGCGGACUAUCUGCUUCUACUGUACAAUGCUGUUAAGGGUGUUGCUUCAAGCGUCAGCCAACAGAGGUGAAGGCAGCCUUUUAUUCUCAUUUUAUAUACACUGCGUGCAUAUAGAGAUUUUAUUGGCUAGAAAGCAGAGCUCUGAAAGGGUGUACCACUUUAAUGUAAUCUACUUGAAGGUAAAACAUCUGUUAGCCAAUUCUCUUCAUUAAUUAAACCCCCCAUGCGUGCCAUAGCCUGUGCAUAUCUGUUGGCAGUGCUUGCAUUUUCUGAGUAGGAUGUGUCAUUAGCGGAGGCCAUAGCCAAAGAGGUGAAUGGUCAUAGAAAGUGGG